GCUUGUGGUAUUAUUGUUGAGCUGAUCCAGGCCAAAAAGAUGGCAGGAAGAGCCGUUUUACUCGCCGGACCGCCUGGAACAGGAAAGACCGCCCUGGCCUUGGCCAUCGCUCAGGAGUUAGGGAACAAGAUUCCGUUUUGCCCCAUGGUCGGCAGCGAGGUCUACUCGUCUGAGAUUAAAAAAACGGAAGUUCUGAUGGAGAAUUUCAGGAGGGCGAUUGGCCUGCGCAUCAAAGAGACCAAGGAGGUGUAUGAAGGGGAGGUGACGGAGCUGACCCCCUGUGAGACCGAGAACCCCAUGGGAGGCUACGGGAAGACCAUCAGCCACGUCAUCAUCGGCCUGAAGACCGCCAAAGGCACCAAGCAGCUCAAGCUGGAUCCCAGCAUCUACGAGAGUCUGCAGAAGGAGCGCGUGGAAGUGGGAGACGUCAUCUACAUCGAAGCCAACAGUGGAGCGGUGAAGAGACAAGGCCGCUGUGACACCUUUGCCACGGAGUUUGACCUGGAGGCCGAGGAGUACGUUCCCCUUCCUAAAGGGGACGUGCACAAAAAGAAGGAGAUCGUCCAGGACGUCACGCUGCACGACUUGGAUGUCGCCAACGCUCGACCACAGGGCGGUCAGGAUAUUCUCUCCAUGAUGGGACAACUGAUGAAGCCCAAAAAGACAGAGAUCACAGACAAGCUCCGUGCUGAAAUCAACAAGGUGGUGAACCGUUACAUCGACCAGGGCGUGGCGGAGCUGGUCCCGGGCGUGCUGUUUGUGGACGAGGUCCACAUGCUCGACAUCGAGUGCUUCACGUACCUGCACCGCGCGCUGGAGAGCAGCAUCGCCCCCAUCGUGGUGUUCGCCUCCAACAGGGGGAAGUGUCUGAUCCGGGGAACUGAAGACAUCAGCUCUCCACAUGGGAUUCCUCUGGACCUCCUGGACAGAGUCAUGAUCAUCCGCACCAUGCUGUACACGCCGCAGGAGAUGAAGCAGAUCAUCAAGAUCCGAGCGCAGACGGAGGGGAUCAGCAUCAGCGAAGACGCUCUGACACACCUGGCAGAGAUCGGCACCAAGACCACCCUCAGGUACGCCGUGCAGCUGCUGACUCCAGGCAGUCUGCUGGGCCGAGUUCAAGGCAAAGAAACGGUGGAGAGAGAGCAGGUGGAGGAAAUCAACGAGUUGUUUUACGACGCCAAGUCCUCCGCCAAAAUCCUCCAAGACCAGCAUCAUAAAUUUAUGAAAUGAAACGCUCAUCUCCAGCCGUUUUGAUCUUCAUCCAGACGCGUCCUUCAGUUUUUGCUCCUAAUCUUUAAGCUUGUUUGGGCUGUUCAAAUAUUCCUGUUGUAGUUUUGAUCUAUUCAGUUGAAAGUUCUGUUUAUGUUGACAUGUUUUUGAAUAAAAAGGUGAAAACAUUUGGA